AUGACAACCAAGGCUCAUUGCCCUAUAUCAGAGGCAACUCGGGAGAGAGAGACGUUCAAGUACGAUUCCCUAGAAACCAAGACUGCCGCCCUCUAUGAUCCCGCGCCGGUCCCUUCGUUGGAUCUGUCGGCGUCGCCGGACCCCGGCCUGACAGCAUUCGCGCAGCUGGGACUGUACCGGUUGAAUGCUUGCCAUUCGGUCAUCUCUCUCUUUGACCGCAGCCACCAGCAUAUCGUCGCCGAUGCGCUGCGCCCUGGCCCAGAGGCGGCCCAGUCUAUUUGCGGCAAUGCCAUCCCUCGCUCAGUCAGCAUCUGCGAACAUGUCCUGACCGGGCCCGUCCGCCGCAAUGCUGCUGCUGGCCAGCACCCACCGGAGGAUCUCCCGGUAUCGAUCGUCCACGACCUCGAGACACAUCCCCGGUUCUGCAGUCUCGCAGACGCACGCUAUAAGUUCUAUGCUGCAGUUCCGAUCCGGUCUCCAGAAGACAUCAACAUCGGGGUUUACUGCGUGUUCGAUACCAAUCCCAGACCAGACGGCUUGACAGCGGAAGAACAGCGAUUCCUGCAGGAUAUUUCGCCGACGGUGAUGGAUUACUUGGAGUUCAAGAGAGCGAACAAGUGGUGCAAGCGCGAGGGCCGUAAGGUAUGGGGACUGGGAAACUUUGUGCAAGGAAAGGCGACGCUGUCUCCGUCGUCAGGGAUGUCGCGCAGGGCAUCACUCCACGACAUCCCCGAGGUAGGAGAAGGGGCGCUCAACAAAAGUCUGCAGGAUCUCCACGUCCAUGACUCGCAAGGACAGGCCGGUGCCGACGAGAUAGUCGAGCCGGGGGUCUGGAAACCACGACAGGGGCCCAACGGCGUUUCUGUCCGGCGAAUCAAUACCCGACCGCCUGCAAUACCACAAGCCAGGAAGGCGGCACCGCGCCUCAGCCCUGCAGAUAUCUUGAAGGGCGAGGUCGAGCGCGUCUUCUCAAAGGCGGCCAACAUCAUCCGCGAAUCUAUCCAAGUCGAAGGUGCUCUGUUCCUGGACGCCAGCAUCCACUCUUUCGGGGGUCUUGUGGGCGGAGAUCCCAAGUCAGCCAUCUCGGAGAGCCUUGGAAUCCCAGACGAGUCGAACAGCGAUGAGGCUAUACCAAACCAAUUUGGCUUCGCGCAGGACCCUACUUGCAAGGUGCUGGGCUUCUCAACCUCUCAAAGCUCGUCGAUCAACGGUGAUGGACCACCGAUCGAACACACCUGCCUACCCGAGAGGUACCUCCAGACCCUGCUCCAGAAGUAUCCGAACGGCCACAUCAUAAACUUUGAAGAGGAUGGGACCCCGCCGGAUCACUCCAGCUCGGAAGCAGACGACACCCCACCCUCCUCACCACUGGCCCAGAGAACCAGCACGGUCAACGGCGAUGAUUGGACGUGGAAAGGGGCCGACCCCAAGAGGGCGCACUCGGCCCGGAGCGCCGCCUCCUCCCUCAUCAAGAUCUUCCCCGGCGCCAGGAGCGCCGCCAUCGUCCCGCUCUGGGACCCGCAGCGGUCCCGGUGGUUCGCCGGCGGGUUCGUGUGGACCAAGACGCCGGCGCGCAUCUUCACGGUGGAGAGUGAGCUGAGCUACCUCAAGGUCUUUGGCCUGGCCGCCAUGGCCGAGGUGUCGCGGCUCAACGCAAAGGCCAGCAUCAAGACCGAGACGGGCAUCCUCGGGUCCAUAAGCCACGAGCUGAGGUCCCCCCUGCACGGCGUCGUCGGCGCCGCCGAGCUGCUGCGCGAUACCGCCCUGGACGGCUUCCAGCAGGGCAUCGUCAACACCAUCGAGACGUCUGGGAGGACGCUGCUCGACACCAUCGACCAUUUGCUGGACUACAGCCAGACGAGCAACAUCCUCCGGGCAUCGCACACCGAACAGAGGGCAAGCAGCGUGGCAGGCCCUCGCACGCGGGCCAGCUCGUCAGCCUCCCUGCCCCAGAGCGUGCCAGAGCUGCCCGUCCAGCUGGACCUGCUGGUGGAGGAGGUCGUCGAGAGCGUCAUGGCGGGGCACGCAUUCCGGGCCCUCUCGGAUUCCCGGUUCACUGCCCUGGACCCGCCCCGCCGCCCGUCGAAUCCCCCGCGUGCCAAGACCUCGCCUGGCUCGGGGCAUACGCAGCGAGCCGACGGGUGGUUCUUCAGCCCAGGCGCAGUCCAGAUCUACCUCGACAUCGACCCGUCUGCCAGCUGGGCGUUCCGCACCCACCCGGGCGCCUUCCGGCGGGUCGUCAUGAACCUGUUCGGCAACUCCCUCAAGUUCACCUCGGCGGGCUCCAUCACCGUAUCCCUCCGCCAACAGCGGCAGCCACCGGCCGGGCACGACGGGACCCCCGCCGAUGACGACGACGACGCCAUCGUCGUCCUCACCGUCUCCGACACGGGCCGCGGCAUCAACGAGUCGUACCUGCGCGACCACCUCUUCACCCCCUUCUCGCAGGAGGACAACUUCUCGCCCGGCACCGGCCUGGGACUCAGCCUGGUCCGCCAGAUGGCCACGGUGCUGGGCGGCACCGUCGACGUCUCCAGCCGCGUCGGCAAGGGGACCACCGUCACCGUGUCGCUGCCCCUCCCUCGCGGCGGCGGCGACCACCACCACGACGGCAUCGUCGAUGGCGGCGCCGGCGCGGAGGAGGCCGCGUUCAGGGAGGACGUGCGGGCGCUGGCGGGGCGGACGGUCCUGCUGCGCGGGUUCGAGGCCGGCGCGGGCCGGAAACAGCAUCUGCGGCUCGUGGAGGGCAUCUGCCGCGACUGGUUGGGCAUGCAAGUUGUGCUCUCCGGUGCCGUGCCGCACGCGUCGCCGGACUUUGUCAUCUGUACCGAGGGAGGGGAGGGAGCAGGAGAAGGUAACGACCUGACGGCAGCCCGCGUAGAGAAUGUCGAGGACGAGCCCGACCUCCUCGCCUCCUGUCCGCACAUAUUCAUCUGUCUCGGCUCCACCAUGGCGCAUGACAUGCUCAGGCCGAACCAGGUCCGUUUGCGGAAGAGUUUUGAGUUCCUGUCGCAGCCUGUCGGGCCGCGGAAGCUAGCCCAGGCAUUGCUUAGCAGCCAGUCCCGGUGGAAGGAAUCCCGGGCAUCGUCAGCGGACUCUGCAGGCUCCGAGCCUAGCUCCUCCGGGUACAUAGCCGAGCCGGCAACCCCGCUCCAAAGCGGGGACGAGAUGGGCGCCUCACACGUCGCCGAGUUCCCGGGCGAUCCGAAGCUGGAGCCCACAAGCGGCGCAAAGCUGGUACCGGUCGUGGUGGAGACGGCGCUGCCCUCCGCCGACGGCGACUUCGAGGUCCCCGACUCGCCGCCGCAGGGCGUCCAGACGAGGGACGCCGCGGUGGUGGUUCCGGCACGACAGCAGCCGGUCCUCGCGAGGCCGGUCACGCCGGCCGUGGAGGCGCAGGCGUCGAUACUUAUUGUCGACGACAACGCCAUCAACCUCAAGAUCCUCGCCGCCUACAUGACCAAGCUCAAACAACCCCACACCUCAGCGACUAACGGCCUCGAAGCCGUGGAGAGAUACACCCAGUCCCCGCACAAAUACAGCUGCAUCCUCACAGACAUCUCCAUGCCCGUAAUGGACGGCCUCGAGUCGACGCGCCGCAUCCGCGCCUUCGAGUCGGCGCGCCGCCUCCGCCCGGCCGUCGUCAUCGCCCUCACGGGCCUCGGCGGCGCCGACGUGCGCCGCGACGCCUUCGCCAGCGGCGUCGACCUGCUGCUCACCCGCCCGCUGGUCCUCAAGGGCCUCGUUGGGGCGCUCGAGGCCACGGGGUUGAGGUGA